CCAGGGCUCCCCAGGGCCCAGCAAGAAGAUCCACAGUUUCCUUUCAAGGCCUGCUCCAGUGUGGCUUAGUCAGGAAGUUCCUUCUCAGUUCUGACUUCAUUCUCUCCUGAUAAAACCUCCAGCACUGCCCCCCUAGUUCCAUGUAGCUAUCAGUAGUUAUCCUCAACUCCCUCUGGGCCUUACUGGGUGUGCUGGGUAAGUCGAAAUCCUACCUUCUCCCCCUCCAUAUACUUGGAAUAGUUUGGCGCUAGUCAGUGGCGGACAGGCCCAUUGGUCCUUGUAGCCAACCAGGGAAAGGGAGACACUAAGGGAAGAGAAGAGAGGCCAGAGAGAAGAGGCUUGCUGCCCAACCUCUCCUCACCCUCUCCUGUGCACAGCCAUUUCCCCCGUGUCCACCUGUCCCAUCCCUUACCCCGCCCCACACACACAUAAGAACAUCUCUGAGUCUCCCUCUUGCUCCCUUCCUUGUCCUUCAUGGCCUCAUCCUCUUCCUGGUCCUCCCAGGUGAGUGCCCACGCCUGCUGUCACCAUGACGACCAUUCACCACAAGGAGAUGCUUCAGGAGCACGUGUCCAUGGAGUUCUCCAGUUCCACCACCCACAUGCAGACCUUCUCCCAGACAACCAAGAUCGUGGGAGAGGAAGUCGUGACGACGAAGUCCUCCAGCACCACAGAGUUCUUCAGCUUGGUGACCCGGAGUUCCAACAUCCCUGCUGGCGAGAGCAUCCCUGAGUUCGUGGAUAAGCCUCAGCCGGUCACCGCGCCCGAGGGGGAUAAAGCCAUGUUCCGAGUCCGGGUGCAGGGGAACCCCAAACCCAACAUCUCCUGGAAGAGAGAGAGCGGCACCCCCAUCAAGGAGUCCGCCAAGAUAUUCUACGACAGCGUUAACGAGGAGCACGUGCUGAAGCUGGAGCCGCUGACCUCGGAUGACUCUGACGACUACAAGUGCAUUGCAAGCAAUGACCAUGCAGAUGCCAUCUACACCGUGUCGUUGCUUGUGACCGAGGGUCAAGAAAAAUUGGAAUUCAAAAAGAUGUUGAAGAAGAGGGGACACCCUCCUCCCAAGAAGCAGCAGAAGGUGACGGAUGAGAAAGAGAUGCUGGAGAUUUUGUCCAAGGUGCCCAAGAAGGACUUUGAGAAGGUCUGUAUGGAGUAUGGUUUCACAGACUUCCGGGGGCUGCUCAAGAAGCUCAAAGGGAUGAAGAAAGUGGAGGUAGAGACCAUCCAGAUUCUGAAGCCCCUGGAAGACAGAGAGACCAAGGUGGAUACCACGGUGGUCUUUGACUGCAUAAUGGAGCUGAAGGACCCCAAUGUCAAAAUGACAUGGAUCAAGGAUAAUGAGCCACUGAGGAUCCAGUACUCCCUGGGCAAGUAUGACAUGAAGCAGAUGGGCACCAAGUACAUGCUGGUUAUUACCAACGUGAACAUGAACGAUGCAGGCACCUACAGCCUGUCCGUGGGCAACAAGCGGAUAAGUGCAAAGCUCACAGUGCUGGAUGAGCCUCUGAAGUUCUUGGGAGAGAUGAAGCCAAUGAAGGUGACAGAGCGCCAGACAGCUGUAUUUGAGAUCUGUCUCUCCAAGAAAGUGCCCAACUUUGUGUGGAAGUUCAAUGGAAAGGAGCUGAAGAGGGAUGAAAAGUAUGAAAUCACUGUGUCUGAGGAUGGUUUGACCCACACGCUUAAGAUUAAGGAUGCCAGACUCAGUGACAGUGGCGAGUUCUCUGCCGAGGUGGGGGACCUGGUUCGGAAGGCCCAGCUCACUAUUGACCGCAUCCCUAUAAAGUUUGUGAGCACGCUCAAGAAUGUGCGUGUGAAAGAGAGGAGCUGUGCAUGCCUUGAGUGUGAGCUGACCUCCAAGAAUGUGACCCUGCGCUGGAAGAAGGACGGACAGCUGCUGGAGCGUAGCUCCAAAUACAGCAUGAGCCAUGAGGGCAAGCGAGCGGAGCUGGUCAUCGAGGAUGCACAGCUCAGUGACGGUGGCGAGUACACUGUGGUGGCCAUGCAGGAUGGGGACCCCGUGGAAUACUGCAGUACUGCUGUAGUCACUGUGGAAGAGCGGCUGGCCACCGUGAAGAGCGGGAUGUCCGACGUGCACGCGGCCACCGGCAGCCCGGCUGAGCUGUGCGUAGUGCUGAACGACGAAAAGGUGGAUGGCGUGUGGCUGAAGGAUGCCGAGGAGAUCACGGACUUGACCGGCGUGCAGAUCGUGAAGCAGGGUGCGGUACACAAGCUCAUCUUCCCCAAUAUGGGGCCAGAGCACGAGGGCAAGUACACAUUCAGGGCCAAGGGUGCAGAGAGCGAAGCCUCGGUAUUUAUCGCAGAUCCUCCAACCAUCGACCCAUCGGUACUGGAGGCACUGGCCGUGCACCCGGUGACCGUGAAGGUGGGCCACACCGCGAACAUCAAGGUGCCCUUCCGGGCCAAGCCGCUGCCCAAAGUGACGUGGUACAAGGACGGCAUGGAGGUGACGGAAGAGGAACGCGUGUCCAUGGAGCGUGGGGUAGACCAGGCGCUGCUCACCAUUUCAAACUGUGCGCGGGAGGACAGUGGCAUCGUUAUGCUCAAGCUCAAGAAUGACCAUGGCUCCACCACAGCCACUCUGCACCUCAGCGUGCUGGACCGUCCCAAGCCUCCCCAAGGCCGGGUGGAGUUCCUGGAGCUCUCGGGUAAUUGUGUGCACAUGAAGUGGAAGGCCCCGAAGGACAAUGGCGGGAGGCCUAUAACACAGUUCAUAGUGGAACGGAAGGCAGUCGGCAAGAAGUCCUGGAUUAAGAUUGGUGAGGUGGAAAGCAAAGUCACCAAAUUCUCCACCAACAAGGUGGAAGAGGGGAAAGCCUACCAGUUUCGUAUCCUGGCCGUCAAUUCGGAAGGAGUGAGCGACCCGCUGGAGACAGAGGAAGUGUUUGCAGGAAAUCCUAUUGAGCCUCCUGGUCUUGCCUCCCAGCCCCAAGUGACCGACGUGACCAAAGAGGCUGUGACCAUCACAUGGAAUGCCCCCACCCAAGAUGGGGGAGCCCCAGUGCUCGGCUACACUGUGGAGCGGAAGAAGAAAGACAGUAACCUGUGGGUGCCAGUCAACAAGGACCCCAUCCAGGGCACGAAGUACACUGUGGAUGGUCUCCUGGAGGACACAGAAUAUGAAUUCCGAGUUGUAGCUGUGAAUAAGGCAGGCCCCGGGCAGCCUAGUAUGCCAUCCAGCUCAGUGGUAGCCAAGGACCCUGUCAAACCCCCUGGCCUGGUGCAGGGCCUGCAGGUGUCGGAUUCCUCCAACUCCAGCAUCUCCCUGGCCUGGCUGGAGCCUGCCGAGGGAGACCCACCCUCUGGCUACAUCCUUGAGAUGCGGGCUGAAGACAUCAAGGAGUGGUCCAAGUGCACAAAGAUCCCCAUCUUAGGCACCUGCUACACAGUAGGAGGCCUCAACGAGAGGCAGAAAUACUUCUUCCGAAUACGGGCUGUGAACGAGGCUGGGUGUGGGGAGCCUGUGGAGCUGGACGAGGGGGUCCGUGCCAUGCCACCACCAGCUGCUCCCAAGUUUGACCUCGGUGCCCGGCUGAAAAGUCCCAUGGUGGUUCGCGCUGGGACAGCCCUCUGCAUCCAUGCCGCCUUCUCUGGCUCACCACCACCCAACGUGAUCUGGCUGAAGGAUGGCAUGCCCAGCAAGGGCAGGGAAGCCAUCACCGAGAGCAAAAACCACUCCCAGUUCCUCAUCAGCAGCACCAGGCGCUCUGACUCGGGGGUGUACCGCAUCUUGCUCCAGAAUGAGUUUGGAGAGGCGUACCAUGACAUCCACGUGCGUGUGGCAGAUGUUCCGCAGCCACCCACAAACCUGCAGCUGUUCGAGGAGGUCCCCAACACGGUGACUCUGACCUGGAACCACAGCCCCGACGUGCAGGAGGACAGCGAGGCCCACUGCGUCAUCAUGAAGCGGGACGUCAGCACCGCCGCCUGGUUCACUGUGGCCGAGCACGUCUUCAGCAACAAGUACACGGUGACCGGGCUGCUCCCCGGCAGGAAGUACUACUUCCGAGUGCUGGCCCGGAACAAAAUCGGUGACAGCGACCCGCUGGACUCCAGGGAUACCUGGCUCGUCAACAAGGACAAGAUCGAGGACCAGAGCGCCAAGCUGAAGCGGUACCAGCAGAAAGACUGGCGCCACGCACCGCGCUUCCUGACCCCGCUCAAGCCGCACACCGUGCUGCGCGGCCAGGACUGCACCAUGACCUGCGCCUUCCUUGGGAACCCACGGCCCACCGUGACCCUCUACAAGGGCGACGUCAACAUCACGGCCAACUCCAAGUUCUGGUACAACUCCACCAGCGGUGUGUGCACCAUCGUCAUCCCCACCUGCACACUCAAGGACAGCGGAGAGUACAGCGUACUGGUGGAGAACGAGCUGGGCAAGGACCGCAGCAGCUGCCCGCUCACCAUCUACGACAAAGAUGACAAGGCAAUUCUAGCCUCCGUCACUGAGAGUCUGCAGAAGAAAUCAAAGUACCUUAUGUGAGCUCCAGCCCAGACCAGGCACCCUGAG